AUGGCAGAUGAAGAUGAGUCGCGGCGCAAGCGCAUCAAAGUGUCCAAUGGCGAUUCUGGCUCCGAGUCCCUGACUGCGCCAAUUCAAGGGCUUGUUGGUGCCACGGCCGACGCUGGCUCUCCAGCUCUAGAUGCGCAAGCUGUAAAGGAAGCAGAAGUCGGCAUUACACAAUUCGUUAGCCCAGACCUGCCUGGAUUUUCCGGCGUUGUGAAGAAGAGGUAUACCGAUUUUUUGGUCAACGAGAUCCUACCGUCAGGAGAGGUCUUACAUUUGAAGGACACGGAGUUGUCAACUGCUCUUAAAACUGCCAUUGCCGAAACUGCUACUCCAGUCGAGUCUGCGAGUGCAACACCUCAAGAUACGCCCGUAACUGGCGAGGAGAUUGAGGGCAAAACAGGCGAGGCAGAAGAUGAUAAGACAGAGAAACCAGCUGUCGAGACGGCUGAUAUUGUCCUGGCAGACCUGGCUACAGAAGACCGAGAACUAUUAGACCAAUUAUUCGGACCCGAGACUACCCCGAAACUCCUCAACCUCUAUUCACGUUCUGUUACCAAAGCUUCCUCCAGGCCAGGCGAACUUGGCAAGGUCAAGUCUCUGGUUAUCACGGACAAGGAUCAGAGGACGAGCCUUCACCAGGCUAUUCGUCGAAUCUUCAAGUCCAACUUGGACUCAACAACCGACAGCGAUGGAACGAUUGUGGUCUCCGCCGCAUCAGUUCAGCAACGCGGCGGGGGGAAAGGUAAACGCAAAAAGCAGUCAGGGCGGGAUCGAGGUCAAGGCGCUUCUCAUCUGCCCCGUGGUAAGCUGGGCUGGAGCGAACUCGGUGGAGACUACCUGCAUUUCACAUUGUACAAAGAGAAUAAGGAUACUAUGGAGGUAAUCUCAUUUCUCUCUCGUCAAUUGAAGGUAGCGCCCAAGGCCUUUCAGUUUGCCGGGACCAAGGAUCGGCGUGGAGCCACUGCUCAGCGGGUUAGCGUAUUCCGCAUUUACCCAGAUCGAAUGCCGAAGCUCAACGCAUCCCUUCGAAUGGCUGCCAUCGGAGACUACGAGUACCAGAAACAAGGCUUGGAGCUGGGAGAACUGAACGGGAAUGAAUUCGUAAUCACUCUCAGAGACUGCCAGUUCCCCGAGGGUGUAGUAGAUAUAGGCAACGUUUCAAGCCCAGAAACGAUCGCAAAGGUAACCGAGCUUGUUGGAAAGUCUCUUCGUAACCUCAGAGAGCGAGGGUACUUCAAUUACUAUGGGCUCCAGCGUUUCGGCACCUUUGCAACUAGAACUGAUACCACUGGCCUCAAAAUGCUCCGUGGAGAGUUCAAGGAAGCUUGUGAGUCGAUCCUUCAUUACAGCCCAAUUGCAUUGGCUGCAGCACAGGACCUCUCAUCUGAGGACCAGGGCCAGAAACCACAGAUAAGUACGGAUGAUAUCCUGCGGGCCAAGGCAAUCCACAUCUUUCAAACGACGGGCAAUGGCCGUGAUGCAUUGGAGGUAUUGCCUAGAAAGUUUACAGCAGAGAGCAAUAUCAUUAGGCUGCUAUGCCAGCGAAAGAACGACUAUUUUGGCGCACUGCAGUCUAUCCCCCGCAACCUGCGACUGAUGUAUGUCCACGCCUACCAGUCUCUGGUGUGGAACUUUGCCGCUGGCGAGAGAUGGCGCUUAUACGGUGACAAAGUUGUCGAAGGCGACUUGGUGUUGGUAAGUGAGUUCAAAGAUGAAACCAAAGCCGCAGGGCAGCAGGCAGAAGUAGAUGCAGACGGAGAGGAAAUUGUCUUACCCGACGCAGAUGACAGUGCUGCAGUUGAUGACAUGUUCGAACGUGCCAGGGCCCUGACAGCAGAGGAGGCAGCCAGUGGGAAGUAUUCCAUCUUUGACAUUGUUCUGCCCCUUCCUGGGUUCGAUAUCCUCUACCCUGCCAACAAAAUGACCGAUUUCUACAAGGAAUUCAUGGGCAGCGAGAAGGGUGGAAACCUGGACCCCUUCGACAUGCGGCGGUCUUGGAGAGAUAUCAGUCUCAGCGGCAGCUAUCGUAAGAUGCUUAGUCGGCCCGGAGCCGACUAUUCUUUUGAGGUGAAGCCAUACCGUGCCGAGGACGAACAGUUUGUGAAGACAGACCUCGAAAGACUUAAAGAGAAUGCUUCCAAGUCUGGUGAUGGCAAUAAUGACAACAACCAAUCCUCAGUAACAUCGGAGACUCAAGAACAGCCGGAGAAGCUUGCUGUCAUUCUCAAGUUCCAGCUGGGAGCCAGCCAGUAUGCCACCAUGGCGUUGAGGGAGCUCAUGAAAACCGGUGGGGCAAAGGAGUACAAACCUGACUUUGCUCGAUAGACGGCAUCGGCCUCUUUGUAGAGGAUACAAGUAUUUCCUUGCAUUAUGUAUAGAAGAGGGCAUUCACACACCCUCCAUCUGCCCAGAGUAUCAAAUCCAUAUUCAAUCCGUCAUUCCGAAACGCCGUAAGUGUCACAUGACACGACCAAAAUGCCGACCUUUUUCAAUGCUCAAUCUCUCAAUCUCAAAUUGCUCAAAUCCAACUUCUACCCUCAGCUUCACAAAACUGUCAAGUUACUUAAUGCCGCAGAUUGACUUUGGUCGACGGGAAAUGACGAUGUGCAUUAAGCAAAAGUCGAAGCUUGGGCAUACCAAGUUUUCGAAAACUGUACCUGAAUGCUGUGGCCACUCAGCUGGCGUAACCAAUGUUCAGUCAUGCUAACUUUGGUCCAACUCUCCACUCGGCAACCUUCUAUGCAGCUGACAACCACAUGCGUUUCAAGUUCGGCCUGCAAACCAUGGGUCGAUAGCUCUCAGUGGUCCAUCCUCGUCCUCUCAUAUGCCCCUUUGCCGUCAUCCCCUUGGCGAUGAGACGGACCAGAACCACGGACCGGGCCAGUCAUCUGUUGAUACUAACUUAGUUAUGUCGCAAAAAGGGGCAAUGUUAUACUUUCCACACAUCAUGAUGCGAUCUUCCGAAGCGAAAUUCUCCUGAAAACCGCAGACCCCCUCACUUAUGCAAGAUAUUCCCUGCUGAGGGGCAUGGAAAAAUGUCCGCAUAACGAGCCGUGGAGGGAUGUGGCGCUAAAGCGACGUGCAUAGCGUGCAACAGUUGGCGGGCACUACUGCCCACCGUGGUUAGUUAGUUAACCCAUAGUGGCAUUUUGGCACGGCGUAGCCGCUCUUCCGUUUCAUCUUUCUAGCGGGGAAAAGCACG